CUCCGCUUCCCCAAUUCCUCUGUGAAAUCAUCUGAAUUAGGGCUUAUUCUUCAUCAUUCCUUUUACAAUCAAUCUACAAUUCUCCAUUAAUUAAUAAAUUAGACCUCCCAUAAUUGUUUAAGGGAAGGGGGUUUGAGUAUUAUGGGCGGCGGCGAUACUACUAGUGCUGCUGCUGCUGCGGCGGGGACGAAAGAGGAAGAUAACAAGGAUCAAAAAGUUACAAUUAAUGUUCGAUGUUCCAACGGCUCAAAAUUCACGGUUGAGGUGACUUUAGAAUCCACCGUUGGAUCAUUCAAGUCUGUCCUUGCUCAGCAUUCCGAUAUUCCUGCAGGACAGCAGAGAUUGAUCUAUAAAGGACGGAUCUUAAAGGACGAACAAACCCUAGCUAGCUACGGUCUUGAGGCAGAUCACACUGUUCAUUUGGUUCGAGGUUUUGCACCAGCUGCCUCUUCUGAUACUGCAAGUGCAGCCAAUACUGGAAAUCCAAAUACUAAUCAGAAUGCACCCUCUGAUGCCGCUCCAAGUGUAGGCGGUCCAUUUGCUGGAUCGGGCCUUGGGGCUUCACUGUUUCCUGGUCUUGGAAGUGGCGGCGGUGGCGGUGGUUUACUUGGAGCUGGCCUUCCGGAUUUUGAACAGGUCCAGCAGCAGUUGACCCAAAACCCCAACAUGAUGAGAGACAUGCUGAAUAUGCCUCUCGUUCAGAAUUUAAUGAAUAACCCAGAAAUCAUCCGUAACAUGAUCAUGAACAAUCCUCAAAUGCGAGAGAUCAUGGAUCGUAAUCCAGAGCUUGCCCACGUUCUCAAUGAUCCUGCUACUCUUCGUCAGACAAUGGAGGCUGCGCGAAACCCUGAACUUAUGCGUGAGAUGAUGCGUAAUACUGACAGGGCAAUGAGCAAUAUUGAAUCUUCUCCCGAGGGAUUUAACAUGCUGAGGCGCAUGUAUGAAAAUGUACAAGAGCCUUUCCUAAAUGCAACAACUAUGACUGGAGAUGCAAGAAGUGAUGUGGGUUCAAACCCGUUUGGGGCUCUUUUGGGUGCCCAGGGUGUGGGGCAAGGCAGAGACCAGUCAACUAAUCCUCCAACUACCGGUUCUGAGGCUGCCGCAAACACACCUGCUCCAAAUACUAAUCCACUUCCUAAUCCUUGGGCUUCUGCUGGCACUGCAGCUGGCCAAACUAAUACCACUGCUAGGUCAAAUGCUGCUGGGGAAACCAGGGCAACACCGCCUGCUGGCUUAGGUGGGCUUGCGCUCCCAGAUCUUGAGCAAAUGCUGGGUGUCAUGCCAGAUGCUGCUUCAGUAAAUCAGAUGAUGCAGAACCCAGCCGUCUCACAGAUGAUGCAGUCUCUCCUCUCAAAUCCUCAAUACAUGAACCAGAUGCUUGGGCUCAACCCACAGCUAAGGAACAUGCUUGAUUCCAACUCCCAUCUUCGAGAAAUGAUGCAAAACCCUGAAUUUAUUCGGCAGAUGACUUCCCCUGAGACAAUGCAGCAACUUAUGACUUUCCAGCAAGGGCUUUUGUCUCAACUUGGUCGACAACAAACGAACCAACCGGGUCAAAAUGCUGGAGGUGCAGCCGCUGACAACAAUAUGGGAAUGGAAAUGCUGAUGAACAUGUUUGGUGGACUUGGGUCGGGAGGUUUGGGUGGUGUCCCCAACAGAUCCAACGUGCCUCCGGAGGAAUUAUAUGCCACUCAGCUAGCACAGUUACAAGAUAUGGGGUUCUUUGACACUCAGGAAAAUAUCAGGGCAUUGAUUGCCACUGCAGGCAAUGUUCAUGCUGCAGUAGAGAGACUUCUUGGAAAUCUUGGACAGUAACGGUUUAUUAUUAUCUUUCAUAUGACUAUAGUUUCUGAUGGGGACAAGAUGAAGUUGGUUAAUUUGGACACGACGAGCAUCAAAUCUUAAUUGAAAGGAGCAUUGAGUUUUAGUUGGAAAUAUUUAUUUGGAGUUGAUUUUUGGUAAGGACUCUCAACUGUUGUUUGCCAUUCUCUUUUCCCUUGGACCAAAAAAGGAAACUGAUGGAAGAACAAGUUGUUAAGUCCUUUGUACAUACGAUGUUAAAAUCCGUCCCAUAAAUUGUUUGGUAUAUUAUAAGUUGUACUCCACUUCUGUCUAGCAUCUCUUUUUCGAUAUGCUAUUGCUAGGCCAAAGGGAUUUCCUUGAUGCUAAGUUGAUUCAGCUGUAAGUUAUCUAUUUUUUUCUGAAUUGCUUAUUCAGUUGGGAUCUAGCUUUUUGGUA